ACUCUACUUCUUCCUCCUAUCUGAACAAAUUUGCAAAAGCCACUGCAAAACGGCUUCUGGCUAUCAUUAUUGGGAAAUUAGUUGUGGCUGACGUUAUUGGUUUGAUAUCUGUGGAUCUUCUUAACAAGACUGUAGAAAAGGGCACUCAGUCUGAUGUGGGAGUUUCAGGAGACAAGUUGGUUCCUCAACCUGAAACUGUAAAGCGUCUUAAAAAGAUCCUUCAGCCUUACGAAGACCAAUCAUCUUAUCAUGUGAUCUGGCAGGGAGUCAUAUAUGUUGAUGUUUCUGCAAAUUUCAAUGAGUUAGACAAGCCUGAAAUUUCUGAAUGGGAAAGAGCUAUGAGAGCCUUCAAGCGUGCUUCUGCUGUGUAUAGGGCAAAAUACAAGAAACCUUCAGUCAUUAUUUAUGAUAACGUUAGCCGAUUAGUUCAUAAGAACCCAGAAAUCCUCGAUAUUCUCCAGGACGAUGCAAAGGACAAUGCAGAUGACCAAAAGUACAUUGCUGUAUUUGUCAGCAGUGAAGGUUCGGUGCCUAGAAGAAUGGAAUCUCGUAGUUCUUGGUUACAUGCGAAAAAACCUGUAAUGGAAAUCAGUGACCUUGAUAAGGAAGAAUCAAUGGAAUAUCUGGUUAAGAAACAUAGUAUCAAGGAAGAAGAUGCGAAAAAAUUAUAUGAUUUGGUUGGGGGUCGCAUUGUAGAUCUAAAGACUGUGGCGGAUGACUUCCUGGUUGGACAAAAAUUUGAAAUCAUUAAACAGUCAAUUUUAGAUGAAGUUGAGAAGAAAUUUGGCACUGCACGACUCCUUCCAAAUGAUCCACAUUAUAAAGUAGGAAAGAGUAUUUUUAGUGAUUUGAAAGAAUCUAAUGAGCUUAGCUUUUUAGCAUUUAAGAAAUAUUUCGAUAAGAUUGAUGAAUUAAAUGAGAUGUUGGGAAGUAACAUAUUUGCAUAUCAUCCGGCAAAAAAUACUGUUACAUUUCAAUCUCAAUCGAUAAAAUGUUAUAUUCUAGAAAAGGGUGAUAUGUUUCUUAAAAAGAAUAAAAAGAGUUAA